UCGCUGGCGACCUCGUCAAAGGCCACCUGCCUUGAUACGAGCGCCCUCAUCAGCUUUUACCUCGCCAGCUCGAGCGCCCCAGUCGACAGCUAUGUCGACUACUGGCUCAAGGGCAUGUGCGCCCAGAGCCCCUGCACCAACAAGACGAUUGCCUACUUGGUCACGACCGCCGUUGAUGGCUGCGCGGCGGACCUCACGAAUUACGGCCUCCCGAACAACACCGACGAGCUCACGAGCCUCGCCCAGCAGUACUACCCGACCGUCCGCGAGAUUGCCUGCUUCACUUGCAACAACACUCGCUGCGUGACCGAGACGCUCGAUAACCUCCAGACGGUAACCGGGACGAUCACCAAGGCGAACGCGAUCGAUAUCGGCGUGUCUAUCGCCAACGGCACCAUCAAACUGCCGAGCAACGUCACCUGCACCAACUGCACCAAGGAGGCGUACAACCUCGUGGAGGAGAACCACCCCAACUUGAUCACCUCGGGCAUCAACAACACCAUCGUCAACCAGUGCGGCUCCAGUUUCGUCGACGGCGUCGAGCCGACGACCAUCAACCAGACCGCUGACGCUGCCGUGUCAAGCGCGAGUACCGACGCCAGCGGUGCGCUCGGGCUGUCCAUGAACACGGCGCUUGGAAUCGCGGUGUCGUCCUUCGUGGUGCUCUCGUCGACCGUUGCUCUCCUCGCUUGA